GGAUGAGGAGAGAUCCUUUCACUCCGUCUUUAAAAAGACGAUUAUUUAAAAAAUACUCUAAUCCAGUUACUAGUACCAAGAUGACACCAACCAAUACACCAGUGAAGAAGAAAGGAAAGAGAACUCCAUUAGUAGCAGGGCCUAUUGAAGAUGAAGGAUUGGUUGUUGAAAGGGAAGAGAAGAAGAUUGAGUCGGUUAAGAGAGAAAUGAAGUAUAACUGUAGGUGUGGUACUAAUCCAGGUGUUAUAUACGGACAUCUUAUUUGUAUGAAGAAGAAAUGUCCUUGUUUCUAUAACGAGUUACCUUGUAUUAAGUGCAGGUGUAAAGGAUGCUGCAACCCUUUUAAUAAAUAGACUAAUGUUUUGUCAUGUAUACUAAUAGCAUUUAGUUAUUCUUCAUCUGUGCCAUAGAUAUUAGAGUUACUAAGUCUAUACUAUGUCUGUACUAGAUCUAAACGAGCCCCUCCCUUGUUAUUCCUUUGCAAAGUUUGCAUCCGGUUAGCUUGUUCUUUGAUCAAUGGCAACUAAAACCAGUUCUUGUUCCUCUUCUCUGAGUCUCUUCUCUUCUCCUUUGACUAUUGAGCAACUUAUUGAUGUACUUAACCUGUUGAAGAGAUGUGGUUUCCCUCAGAAGAGAUGGAAGGGACUAGGACUUAAACUAGGACUACACAAGAACACACUGGACGCCAUUAAAAGGAAUCAUCCUGGUGAUGUAUCUCGAUGCUUGAUGGAAUGUCUCUCCCAGUGGUUGUCCAGAGCUGAUAAUGUUGACAGUAAAGGAGGAGCUACCUUUGACUCACUGUCAGAUGCUCUUAAAUCUAUGAAAGAGAAUGCUGCAGCUGACAAAUUAGAUAAAGAGAGACUUGCUCCCCCUACUGGUACAAACAAGCCAUUGAUUGAAGGUCCUAAACCAAAAUUAUCUAAAUUAAUACAGUUUCAUGAGUCAUCAAUCAAAGGACAACUGGAGGAGUCUCUACCACGGCUUGAUGCUGAUACUAUAAGAAAUGCAAAUAAAGGAAUGUCUGUUCUAACUCAAGAAUAUCCAUCACAGUUGCAUAAAAACAGACCUUCUGAAAAAAAGGGUUUGCCACUAAAGCCUGUACCAAUAGCACCUAAACAGUUAUCACAAAGUGGACGACCUCAACCAUUGUCAACAGCAAAAGAGCCACCACCACUUUUGAAAAACACACAAUCUCCAUCAAUAGUGCCUGAAUCAAAAUCAUUAUCACAGAGUGGACGACCUCAACCAUUGUCAGCAAAGAAAGCACGACCACUAUCACUAAUUGAAGAACAAGAACCUUCACUAACAGAAACUAUACCACGUCCACGAUCAUUAUCUAUACCAUUUAAACCACAAACUAUAAAAAUUGAAAUUCCACAAGCGGUACCUAAACCACGUCCACGAUCACUAAUACAACUUCCACCAAUAGCACAUAAUGCACUUCAAGCACCACUAACUCCACCAAUGCCACGUAAACACUACCUACACCGAUCAUCAAUAACUAAGAAACCUCCUCCAACUGCACCUAAACCACACAGAUCAUCAAUAAUUAAAAAACCUCCACCACCAGCACCUAAGCCAAGUCGAUCUCAAAAUUCAUCAUCAGCUCCACAUGAUCCAACAGCAACAGUACUGCAAGAUAAGGAGCCACACCUGCAGUCACAGCUAAUGCAUGUUGAGCCCCACUCUAUUCCCACCGUAAUUCAACUCAGCUCAAAGGAAGAGGUUGCCCUCAGAAUUGAAUUACUACAUGAUCAGUUUACUGAUCUUGUCACUAAAAUAAGAAUGCAUUUUAAUGAACUUGUUUCCAAUGACAAACUGAAAGUAGAUGAUGUUGCAAUUCAUACUGAAGAAUAUUUGGGGCAAGAUUUAAAGUUAUCAGAAAUCAACAUAAGCACAAUUUUUACUGCCAUUGAACCUCAUUGCGACUUCUGUAAUUUUGGGCUACUCAAAAGUUUAGUAUAUCGUUUUAUUCCCUCAUCAGAUAGUCUUCAAACUGAACUAGCUGAAUACAUUGAUAGUGUUAAAAAAUUCUCAGAAUCAUCACAAUUGAAGCACAUACAAUCAACAAUCAAAGAAAAAUUGUCAUCAUUACCAGCAGCAGCCUCACCAACCACUAAGCGAUCAAACAAAACCAGUCGUUAUUCAGCUAAGCGACAGAUGGGAUGAAAUGG